GGAGCGACCUACUGCCCGAGUGCCUCCUCCACGUCCCUGUCCUCGCAGCGUGCCAGGGCGGCCAGGCUGGAUUACAAUGACUGCCGCAGCCACAGCCGGCGGCGUGCACAAGCUCUCCAGCACCAAGGAGGAAAGGAAGCUAAGGAAGCCUCUCAUUGAGCGGAAGCGAAGGGAAAGGAUCAAUAACUGCUUGGACCAACUGAAAGAGACCGUUGUGGGUGCGUUUCACCUGGAUCAGUCUAAACUCGAAAAAGCAGACAUCCUCGAAAUGACAGUCAAACACCUUCAGAACAUCCAAAACAGCAAGCUGAUGGCUGAUUCCAAAGUGGGUCUUGAAGCUCAGCAGAGGUACAGCACUGGAUACAUUCAGUGCAUGCACGAGGUCCACAACCUUCUCCUCACCUGCGAGUGGAUGGACAAGACACUUGGGGCCCGUCUGUUAAACCACCUGCUGAAAUCUUUACCGAGGUCUGGUGAAGACACCUGCAAAGCAGCAUUAAGAUCUUCGAGCCCAUCUCAGCAGCCUCUCUUGACGCCAAAAACCCCACUGGGCCCUAAGGGGAACACUCCCAGCACAAAUCCAUCUCAGGAGCACUUCUACCCAGUGGAGAACAAACAGGCUUUCAAAAAUUCAUUCCAGCUGCCCUUGCUGUCGGUUUUCAGCCAGGUCGAUGCUGUGCCUCCCAGACAGGUCCUGCAGCUGAAUUUUUCCCAUAAUAACCCUAGUAUGGGGUCAUUAGAUAUGUGGAGACCAUGGUAAAAUGUGUUUUCAAAUGUUUAUCCUAACCUUAGACACUUAUGUAUGUAUCUUAUAGAUAUGUUUCUUUAAAACACUUGUGGAGCAAGUCUGUUCCUGUAGGUGUACUAAAGACCAGGGUACUUCAAGCCGAAGUAAACCUAUGUGUAGCCUGCAUUGUAGAAGGCUGCUAUUAUUUUGUAUUUAUUUAAUACAUCUAAAUUAUUGUAUAGAAUCCUUUCAUGUUCUUUAGUGUAUAUUAAUUAUAUAACUUUCUUGUCUUACAUUCCUAAAAUAAUUAUCUUUCUAUUAAUAAAGAAACAAGACAAUGAGCAACAACCCCUCUUACACCAAGCUUACCUCUCGGGUCUCACGUCGCAGCUGAGAUCACUUCACCGGAUAAAGAAGUAAACAGUCAAUUUCUUCUUCCCUUUUUUUUU